CUUCAUUAAUCCGGACGAGAUGCUGCUGCAGCUGGCGUGGUUGCUCCUCAACUCGUUGAUAUCCCUGGUCCACGCCCGUCGUCGUGACCCGGCAUUCAUCGCACGACCAAGAUCCCGUCAACUUCCCUUCAGCAGAACCGCUCAUCGACAUGCGCUUCAUCAAACGAGGAGAAGACAGCUUCCGAGCGGCGUACUGAUGGCAACACUGACGCAGCAGCCGGCAGUGAAGAACGUCUAUGAGAUGACGAUGGACGGCUGGAAUCUCUGGAUGAAGGAGAGGGGCCAUCCUGCAUAUCGAGCCAAGCAGAUCUGGCAGCAUCUCUACGAGAGGAGGGCUGGCUCCUUCGACGCAAUGACCAACCUACCCAAGACGAUGAGGGACGACCUCAAGGCCUCUCUCACCUUUGGAGAUCUCAUGGUGGCUGACGAGCGUGUCAGCCGUGACGGUACGCUGAAGCGGGCGUACGUUCUGCGGGAUGGGCAAGUCAUCGAGUCGGUGCUGAUGCCCUACAAGGAUGGCCGGAGGACGGCUUGCAUAUCCAGCCAGGCUGGAUGCGCCAUGGGCUGCGUCUUUUGCGCCACAGGUAGGUCGGGUACUAAAGCAUUGGUUGCUGCACGGACCCACACAGUGUCUGUCUGUCUGUCUGUCUGUCUGUAUGUAUGUAUGUAUGUAUGUAUGUCUCCAUGUCUGUUGCAGGUCAGAUGGGCUUUGCCCGCCAACUGUCGAGCGCUGAGAUCGUUGAGCAGGCCCUCAUCUUCGCGAGGGAGCUUCACCAGCGAGGCGAGCGGCUGUCCAAUGUGGUGCUGAUGGGGAUGGGCGAGCCGCUGGCAAACUAUGACAACGCCAUGGAAGCCGUCGAGAGGAUCAACCAGUAAGCAUGGCAGCACGACAGGGUGUCGAAAAAUACGGCUGGCCGUGUGUGCGGGUGUGUGUGUGCGUGUGUGGUGUUUGUGCAGUGAUCUGGGGGUCGGCAUGCGUCACAUCACAGUCAGCACGGUCGGCCUCCCCGAGCGCAUCAAACAAAUCGCCGACGAAGGCAGACAGGUCGGUCGGCGCACAGAGAGAGACGAAGGCAUCUCUGCCCACCCAUUGUGUUGACCUCCCGAUGCUGCGUCUAGGUGACGCUGGCUGUGAGUCUGCAUGCCGCGUCUGAUCAGCAGCGAUCUGCUCUCAUCCCCAUCAACAAGAAGCACCCAAUACAGCAAGUCAUGCAGGUCAGUGACCACGGGCAGGUCUACAGAACAGACAGAGGACACCUGUUGGUCUGGUGUGGUGGCAUUCGACUAUGUGUGCUGUCCACAGGCGUGUGUGUACUACUGUGGGAAGACCGGCCGGCGCAUAUCGUUCGAGUGGGCCUUAAUAGCCGGCGAGACCGACACGCCUCAGCAGGCCGACCAGCUCGGCAGGCUGCUGAGCAGGGCCAUGCGGCAAGGCCUCAUCGGCCAUGUCAACCUCAUCCCAGUCAACCCCACCGAGGGCUACGACGGCCGGCCAUCUUCCCCCCUUGCCGUAUCGUCCUUCAUCGACACGCUCAAGAGGCACGGCGUCGGGGCGACAGCGAGGCUGAGACGGGGGAUCGACAUAGAGGGGGGCUGUGGCCAGCUGAAGGCGGAGACGAUCAAGAGGCAGCAGAAGGAGAGUCAGAGAGGCACGGUGGAGGUGGCAGCUUGAUGUAUGUGUAGAUCGUGCG